AUGGGACAACGUGUUUUGGUACAAGGAGCAGGUCCCAUCGGCAUGCUUUGCAUGAUGACAGCGAGAACGAUGGGGGCUUCCGAAGUCGUCAUCACAGACCUGAACCAGGUCCGACUGGAUCUAGCCAAAAAGCUUGGAGCUGAACAUGCGAUUUAUGUUGAAGGUAAAUCGCCUGCCCAGGUGCGACAGGCCAUUGUCGAAGCUCUGGGAAGUGAGCCUGACGUCACCUUAGAAUGCACCGGAGAACAGCCGUCCAUCGAAUCAGCGAUUCUGAGUACUCGUUCGGGAGGUGUGGUAGUGCUGGUUGGAUUGGGAGAGUCAAGAAAAGAACUUCCUGUGGUAGAUGCUGCACUUCGAGAGGUCGAUAUCAGAGGUGUACUUAGAUAUGUGAAUUGUUAUCCGACUUCCCUUGACCUUGUGGCAUCUCGGAAAAUCGACUUAUCCGGACUCACGAGAGCUCACUAUACCCUCGACAAAGCCCUGGACGCGUUCAAGCGAUCUCAGAAAGGCGACGUCAUCAAAGUGUUUGUUCAUUGUGAUGAGUAG